CUGGGAAAACCUCGUUACUAGACGUAAUAGCACGCCGCACAGACGGCGAGGUGGCGGGGAAGAUGACGCUCAAUAAAUUUGAAUGUACCAAUGAUUUUGUGAGGCAGACGACCGCUUACGUGAUACAGACCGAUCGUCUAUUACAUACACUGACGGUGAAAGAAACACUCAUGUAUGCUGCGCUUUUACGUCUGCCAGGCAAAACCACUGAAAAGGAGAGGAAAGACAAGGUCAACACAGUGAUACAACGGAUGGGCCUGAAUCCAGUGAGGCACUCCAAGAUCGGGGGACUUAUAGACAGGGGUAUCUCUGGAGGAGAGAAGAGGCGUGUCACCAUCGCAAUCCAACUCCUGCAGGAUCCAAGUAUCUUGCUGCUGGACGAGCCUACCACUGGACUGGACAGCUACACGGCACGGCACCUGGUCACUAGUUUGGCCGAGCUGGCACACAGAGGCACCAUUGUUAUUCUCUCCAUCCACCAGCCUCGAUCUGACAUAUUUGGAUUGCUUGACAGGGUAGCACUAAUGUGUACCGGAAAUAUGGUAUAUUACGGUGACACUAACAAGCUAGUGGAGCACUUCACACUCGCUGGGUACCCUUGUCCGCAGUACGCCAACCCUCUCGAUAACUAUGUUGAUGUAGCUAGUGUGGACCGCCGAACUACAGACCAGGAGAUCGCAACAACGCAGAAAAUCAACAAGCUUGUUCAAAUAUAUAAAAACUCACUCAUCUUUGACGAAAUGCGACACGAAGUGUUAAAACUAAUGAAACAUUCACAUAAAAAUGAAAGAUCCAUGGCAGUGAACCGCCCUAGCAAACCGAGCGUGUUUCGGGUGAUACUGGCACUGUUAAGUCGCAGUUACCGCCACACGGGGAGGGACAGGAGUAUCUACGCUAGUCGGAUGUUCCUGCUGUUCUGCUUCGUGCCCUUCAUCUGUCUCUUCCUGCUGCAGAUGGGAACAGACCAACGCAGUAUACAGGACCGAAUUGGGCUAAUAUACCAGGGUACCAGCGUUCCCUCCUACAUGGGGCUGAUGAACGGGUUCUACUUGUUUCCCCCGUUGAGAGACUUAUACUACCGGGAGUCGAUGGAUGGCCUGUACUCGUCCGUUACUUUUGUGAUUGCCUACGCACUUUACGCCGUGCCUUUCCACGUGUUCAGCACCGUCUUAUUCAGCAUCGUCGUCUAUUGGGCAACAUCCAUGUACAACGACUGGGUAAAGUACGCCAUUUUUAACGCCGUCCUCACUCUGCUCCAGUUCGUGUACGAAAUGCUGACCAUCGGCGCUAUGGGCUUUUUCCUUGACCCACGGCUCGCCAUCAACGUGACCACCCUCAUCAUGACGUUCGGUUAUCUCGUAUCUUCAGGCCUCAUCAGACGCCUGGACAACAUGCUGGACGUGAUACAAUAGUUAAGUUACGCCGGAGUACACAAGUACGCCUCACAAAUACUGGUCGUCAAUGAAUUCGAAGACCUGGUGUUCGAAUGUACCAACUCGUCUAUUUAUCCCUGUCAAUUUCGAAACGGAACUGACUUCAUAGACGCCUACUUUCCCGGAGGACAGGACACGGUGACUCGAGACGCAGGGAUUCUCGUGGGGUUCUUCGGGUUUUUUCUCCUUUUACCGAUACUUACGUAUACUUACAGAGGUGGAAGGAACCUCCAUUAGUUUUAACGAGUUGAGAAGGUAAGGUGUUUUGGAGCUCUAAUGAAGAAACGACAUCUAGUGCCAAGCCGUGUGUUAGAGACAAAAUCUCAUGUGCAAAAAACAACACUACCUGACCUGUGACAAAGGCGUGUGUGGAAUAUGAGAGUGAACUUUGACGAGCAGAAUGCUUUGUUUAUGAAAGGGAAUUCCUGAUUGAUCUCCAAAUUUUUAAAUCAAUAAAUUAAGGUUACGCUCUGUCCCUCUCUCUCUCUAUCUCAACGGUAGUUUAGAUAAUAGGGGUUUCCAAUGUUUGGCCCCUAGCUUCACCGUUGAGUCCUACAAUGACGGAACAGCUGUAUGCUGUAGUGUAAUUCAUUUUUGGCCUACUGUAUGUUAUGCAAAAUGUUAAUGUGCAGUCACAUGUGUGAGUGCAACGGUCAUCUGUCUUGACACGUGACAAAGCCAAGAAACAUAAAUAGCCAUGCGAAUGAUCGAAUUGUACGUUAAAUGUUUCCAGACCGUUCCGUUGUUAAGUAUGUCGAAGUAUUGGGCCAGUGCAAUACGACAGGCUCAAAAGGAGUCUGUCCCCUUUGAUAUAAGACAUAAUAUGUAGUCCUAUAUGAGAAACCUGAAUAAGGGUUUAAUAUAUGACCACGUAUAAUGCUAUAAAUUGUAACCCUAAACAGGGUUUGCUAUAAGAUGAUUUAUACGAAGUGUACUUUCUGUAUCACAAAUGCACAAAUGCAGCAUGCAUCGAGACAAUAGAAACAAAAGAGCAGGGUCGUACGUCCCAAACUAAACACUGUUAAAUUCCGUAAAUCAUUAUUCAAUUUCGGCAGUGGUCCAUAUGACAUAUACAUGUAUAACGCGCACUUUCAUGGAGUUUUACAAAUCUUCUUCGCCGUAAAUGUUAUGAAACAAGUUUUAAAAAGUCCAUCUCACUAUCAUCCCUGCAUUUGGUUCUAACCUUAAAAAUACCUGUUGAACCCAUCAUUGUCCAAUGAUGGCGACUUAUUAUGUUUACUUGACUUUUGUUCAGAAGGUUAUUUAAGAGCAUUAUCAAAUGAUAGUGAAAAUCGGCAAUUAUUUUUAUCAGAUGGGCCUCUAAUUGUUGUGACAAGUUAAAAUGUAAAGUGCGAGUGUGCCGGUAGAUUCCACUGGAGUAUUUGUGCCAUUGAUGCUGACAUUGUUUUCACUAAUUCAUUCACUCACUGUACAUACGUCCAUGUCGAUAUUUAUUGUUAACAAACGCCAUGUCUAUUAUUUGUUUGUUGAAAUAGUUGGCUGAUGUUUGACGUUUUACGCAUUAAAAUGUAAGC